ACGACGACGACGACGUGCUGGACCCGGCUCUUCGUCGCGCCAGCAACACAACUACCGCCAUGGCGGCGACCUUCCUUCGAAACCUGGUGCUGCGGCCAGCGUUGCGGCCAGUGACAGCUGCUCCCGCCUCUCCUCUGAUUACCCGCGCCUUUUCGAGCACUCCGUCCCAAAGCGCGACCCUCAAUCAAGUCCUCCGCGGUUGCCGCAAACCGCAACGCGCCCGCCACGCCGUCUCCCCGGCGCUCUCGGCCAUCCACGCGCCCGCGCUCAAGGGCGUGUGCGUCAAGGUGGGCAUCACCAAGCCCAAGAAGCCCAACUCUGGCGAACGCAAGACGGCACGUGUGCGGCUGUCUACUGGCAAGGUCAUCACGGCGUACAUUCCGGGAGAGGGCCACAACAUCCAGCAGCACAGCGUGGUGCUCGUGCGCGGCGGGCGUAGCCAGGAUUGUCCCGGCGUGCGGUAUCACUUGGUGAGAGGGGCUCUGGAUUUGGGCGGUGUUGGCAACAGGAUGAGUAGCAGGAGUAAAUACGGGACGAAGAAGCCGAAGAAGGCGUCGGUUGGUUAAGGACUGCCAGCAUGCUGGAGUCCGAUGGUCAAAGAGUGAAUGGCGUUGGUGACGGAUAGAGAUGCAUAGAUCCCAUUUUUUUAAUGUCAUCUUGUACCAUAUCAUUGUAUCAAAAAACUCACAGUGGCAUUUUCCUUGAUC